UUCAACGUUCGAUUGCACUCAAUAGAAGAAAAUAUAAACAAAAAAUAAAUAACAAAUGGAAAAUUCAUCAGAAACAAUUUUUUUUCGUCAAAAAAAAGUGGAAAUUGUUGUAACAAUCGAUUUCUCAUUGACAUCAGUAAAAGAACUUGAAAAUUCGAUUAAUAAAAAAUCGAUUUUUAAUCGAAAAGUUGAAACUUUUAAUUAUUUCAAAGAAAUCUAAAGAAAAAAUUGAUUUUUCAAUUUUUUAAAACUCAUUUUCAACAUUCAAUCGCCCCCAAUACAACAAAAUAUAAACAAUAACUCCAAAUCCACCAUAAAACUCCCCAAAAAACCUCUAAAUUAUUAUUAAAAAUCAGUCUGCCACUGACACCACUGAAACCCCUAAAAAAUUCACCUCGAAAAACGUAAAAAAAUUCCCUAAAAACCAUAAAGAAGGUGAGGGUUCUCCCCAGCAUCUGCCCCAUCCAACCCAUAACAAUUGAAAACGUCGUAGCUAAAAGCAAACGGUACAAAACACAUGAAGCCCCAGGUACCCGGCGACCGAGACCGUUUCGGAAUAAGGGAGUGGUAUGAAGUGAAAAUACGUGUAGUAGUGGGGGAUUACGAGGCGCACGACUUGACGGGGGUAACAGAUGCUCGUGACGUGAUUGGCGGACGGCUUGCGACGGUUCCCGUACCAUUGGAGGUUAACGGGGGCCCUGUGGGCCUGCAUUGGACGCGCAGCACGUGCGGGCCACCUGCAAGUGACGCUGGUGGGGACGAAUGGUUAUAAAUGCGAGGGAGCGUCCUGGUGCCAGUCAGAGACCGGCUAGCAGCCGACACUAGCGCAUUAAACCUUUCCACCACCUCCGCUCCUCGACUCUUUAAAAUUCCGUUCUCCCCGACGAAUCGUGUGAACGUUAACCGAGAAGUCCUCGAGGUGCGAUUAACCGAGUUAAUCAUAAACAAUUAAAUGUUUAUCGAAGUGACAGUGAAUUAUUAAAAAAUUGUGAACAAGUAAAAACAAAUUUUGGAUUUUAUUACUUUUGAGUGAAGUGAGUACGCAGAUAUCUGUUGUCUCCCGAUACCCAGGAUUACGGUGGGACAACUGCUGUCGUACAGAGUUUUAAAUAAAUAAUAAACCUGCGAUAAUGUUCGUCGACGAGAUGCCACGAAGCUUCGUCAAGAAGAACAACAGCUACAGCCACUGUCCCCUGAAGAAGAGGCCAGUGCAGCUGACGGUGUACGACGACGUCGCGGAAUCAGUAAAAGACGAGAUAAUCGACGUCGUCACCGACGACAUUCCCGAACCGGAGAACCUCAGCACGAAACCGGAGGAUCUCAGUAAAUCAGCUCCAAAGCGUCGAUCAGCCUCACGUUCCCCGUCGCCAGUACCUCACAAGCACAUUCACGUCGACCAGGAAAUUCCGUCGUCAUCGUCGGCGUCAAUCUACCCACCGCGACCGACGACGCCGCCCGUCGGUAUCGCUCCGGUUCAUCCGCUAGUGAAGAAGGAACGAGUGGAGGUGAUUCAGCACGACGGGGCAGUGCCAACGGGUGCGAUGCACUUGAUGGGGUCGAAACCACCCUUAGGUCCACUCAACCUUAACACCCCAGUGGAGCCAGUGGCACAUUAUGCCACCCCAGCGUGGACGCGGACAGCGCCGAUGUAUCCGCCGCACUAUUUACCGUAUCCUUCCUAUCGUUUCCAUCAUCCUGGUGCUGAGCUGUACCCAUCCUACCCCCUGCCAGCCUAUCCUCACUCCCCAGAUCACCCCGCGUCAUCGCCACCCCCAAUGCAGCACUCAGCCCUCACCUGUCCGACGAUCCAACGUCCAAUAGCCAGGAGUUAUGCGCACUGGGCAGCUUCGAGUCCAGAUCACUGUGGGCUAUCGCCAACGAGCUCCGUGGGGUAUUCAUCCCUUCGUUCACCACCCCCAGUCACCCCAGAGGAUCUGUCAUCACCCGGAAGUGACAGCGGACGAUCGUCAGCUGGCAGCACAUCAGCCGGAUCCACGAUCUUGAUGAAAAUUGAGAACAAUACGAGCCCCAUCACCAACAGCUCCACCAAUCAGACGACAGCAUCACCCAGGUACCAGUGCCCGGACUGCGGUAAAUCAUACUCCACGUACUCGGGUCUGUCCAAGCAUCAGCAGUUUCACUGCGCCGCCGCUGAGGGACAGACGAAGAAGUCAUUCUCCUGCAAGUACUGCGAGAAAAUUUACGUCAGUCUGGGUGCGUUGAAGAUGCACAUCAGGACUCAUACGCUACCCUGCAAGUGCCAUCUCUGUGGUAAGGCAUUCUCAAGGCCUUGGCUACUCCAAGGACACAUCAGGACACAUACUGGGGAGAAACCCUUCAGCUGUCAACAUUGUAAUCGAGCUUUUGCUGACAGGAGCAACCUCAGGGCACAUCUCCAGACUCACAGCGAUGUCAAGAAGUACUCCUGCACUUCAUGCAGCAAAACGUUCAGCAGAAUGUCGUUGCUUACGAAACAUCAGGAGGGCGGAUGUCCUGGUAUGAAUGUUCCCAUUGGUUAUGGAUGUUAAGUCGCGAUAUUUUCGUCCUGAAGUGCCUUAACGUGGAAUUUCACGAUAGACUGAAUUUACGAGGAGUACAAAUAUUAAUAUAUUUUAUAUUUUUUAUUGUAAAUGCCACUGGGUAAAUGGGAAAAUCGAGAUUUUCUUUGUUGGGAGCAGAUGGGGGUUGUACUUAGUCGAGGGAUUUUUUUUUUUUUAUUUAAAAUUGAAUUUUUUAAGGGAAAAUUUUACCACCGCAGGACGCGGUACCGUGAAACCUUUAGUGCCAUGAGUUGAGGUCUUAUGUCAGUUCCAUUCCUUUUGCUUAUUAAUUUAUGUUAAUUGUAACGUCGGUUAAGUUGCGGCGGUGAGGGUAGUGGGGUGAAAUGUAUAUAAUAUUUCGUAGAAAGCACGAGCCGCAUGGGAUUAUCGAUUGCUGGGGAGGAAAUUAUUCACUUUUGAUUGAGUUACUCGAACAUACUAGUCAUUGUACAUAAACACAAAGAUUAAGGAGUGUGUGUUUGGCGUGUGUGCGCAGGGAAAGUUAAGGGGAGUCAGUAAAGUGGUUAAUUGGAGGGCUCAUUAGCGGGGGGGAUACGAUUUUUCAGAGAAAUAUUGCGCGGACUCAGGGCGAGUACCACUAUAAUUUUUAUAUAAGAGUUUUUUUGUAAAGAAAGUAAAUAUCAACUGGCAGCGACAGAGGAUGUGUUCUAUAUAUUAAAUAUUUUAUACGAAAUAAAUAAUUUUCAAUUGAAUUUGUUAAGUGUUAUUUUGAGUGAGUUGUCCUGGUACCCUAUUUUCGGAUGUGUCGAUUUUUCGAGUGGUGUUUUGACAUGUGUGAGGGGGUGAUACAAUGGAGG